AUGCCGGAGCACUCGCCAGCGCCAACUCCGCAUAGGGCGGUGUACGGCUAUUCGUUCUAUCUCUUAGUAAUCACACUUUUUAUAUUUUAUGUUCUCUGGGCUCUGCUUCCCACCAAACAAUUUGGAUUGUCGUAUUUACCGGACAAGUAUUUCGCUGUUCUUCUGCCAAUGUUGGUUCUGGUAGGACUGGCCUUCUUCGCAUUUUUCAUAUAUCCCGCUAUAAAUAUGUCAUUGACACCCGAUAUUGAUGCGAUGUCCUCUGUCGUCGAUGUCCCAUUAAUAUUAAAGGGUAAAACGAAAAAGUCCGUCUACUCAUGGAGAGAAGUGCAAGCUAUUCUAGACGUGGGAAAUGUUCACACCCAUGUGGGCAAACCAAAUGAUAUUGAUAAUUGCAAAUUUUGUGCAAAUGGUCAUAGCUUUCCAGAUCCUACAGAACAAAUUGCAACCUUACGUUUUAUGGAUUUGACAGAAGUAAAUAAAAGUUUAUUUAAGUAACCCAUA